UCUUCCCCUCCUCCUCCACCCGACCCCCCGCCUCGCCACCGCUGCCAGCGAUGGACCCCGCGCCCGAUCCGCUCGCCUUCUCCGCCUCCGCCCCGUUCCCCACCAUCCCGGCCGCCUCGAGCCCCAGGCCCCGCGCCGGGAGGCCGCGGCGCCAUGCUGCGCCCUUCCGUUCCGAUCACCCCGCCGCCGCCGCGAUCCGCCGCUCCGGGAUCGAUCUCUCGCGCCGCCCCGUGGCGUCCGCCUUCGCCCAGCAGGAGAGCUCGCCGUCCGUGGGCUCCUGGGGCGCCUCUCGCGGCGCCAGCUUUGUGUUCGGGAGUGGCGCGGCCGGGGCGCCGGAGAUGAGGAGGUGCUUCUCGUCCGGAUCCGGUGAGGCCUUUCUGACCGAUCUCCCGGCUGCAGUUGACGAGCUCGCGCUGGAUGACGGUUCCGGCAGGCAGUGGCGGAGCGUGGAAGUAAACCAAGGGGGGGCCGACAUGGAUUGGGCCGCCACCUCGGCGGCGCCGAGGAGGUCCGGCGCCUCCACGAGUCCGGCGAGCUCCGCCGCAUCGUGGCCCCCGCCCCCGCCUUCCCCUCCGCCUGCGCCCGCUGCGGCGGCGAGCGCUACGUGUUCUGCGGCGCCUGCGACGGCAGCCACAAGCGGUACAGCCUCAAGGGCGGCGGCAGGUUCCGCGCCUGCGCCGACUGCAACGAGAACGGGCUCGUCCGGUGCCCCGGCUGCUGCGCCCCCGCCGCCUGAGCAAGGGGACAGGCGAGGUGAGCGCGAAACAAGGGGGGGCCGGGGCCCAGUUUCGCCUCCAUUACCCUCCGCCACUGCCGGCAGGCGAAGCGACGCUGAUGCUCCUGGAGGAGAUGAUCCGGAGCCAGUGAUGAACGCCAAUGAUCCCUUUUGCACCCGCGGAAGCAAUUCCAGCUUGUAUGAGUGUUUGAUUCCGGACUCUCUUCACGAUCAGACUGAGAAGCUCGACGAAGGGAGCAGAGCCCCAUCUCAAACUGUACAAAUACAAUGUGACAGUGUGGAGGCAAUAUCUUUAGCUUCACCAACCUGUUCCGACCACGAUGCUCCUAUUGAAUUUGCAAGGUUUGGGGACAGCUUAUCUGUGGAUGAAGGUAGUUUGCCAGAGGAUGGAAAUGGAAGUAAGAUUUCUGCUCACUGUGUUAAUGUUCAGAGGGAUGUCUUUGUUUUUGGUGGACAUGCUGGGUAUCGGGAUUUAACUGCCAAUGCAACUCAAACUAGCAUUAGUAAGGUAGAUUCAGCUGAUAAAGAUGGUGUACCAUAUAACUCUGGACAACUUAAUGCUUCUGUUGCUAAAGAUAGCACUUGCACCAAGUUUAUUUUGCAGGAUGCAAAGCAUGCAUUUGGUUCGACUAAUAAGAAUCCUCUACACUCAGAACCUUGUGAAAUUUCUUCUACAGCAAAAUUUUGUUCUAGCUUUGGAUCUGAAGAUGGUAGUGCGAAGGUCUCUUUCAUAAAUGUGCCUUAUGAUAUUGAAGGAGUAGAAGCUUCAGAACUUAAUGAAUGCAGGUCAUUCAGUGAGAAAUCUUUCACUGCUCAAGACCACAAUUUGGCAUCUAAGAACAGAGGAGUUAAGGGUGUGGUAAAAAACAGAAGAACUGUUAUGCCAAAGAAAUUCUCCUCAGCUCACCAGAUUUCUUCCUUGGAAUCAGUUCCAAGAAGAAGUGAUAAUUGCUCUGGAAAGGCAUCGCUUGAAGAAAAUGUCUAUUUGAAUGUAGCCAGUAGCUUUGCAUUAUCGGACUCUGGUAUCAACUGUGCCCAAGGCAAUUCUUACAACUCUGCUUUGCAAAUAGCAGACAGUAGCCAUGGUGGAACGGAGUUUAAUUCUUUAACAAACACGGAACAUUCUGGUCAAUCUGAUUUCAUAUUUUCUGCAUCAACUUUUAAUCAAAGUACAUUGCACUCACAAAGACGGCAUAGCAAGAAAAAAAGUGGAGGAAUGUGUAAUCACGCUAACUCUAUUCAAAGCCUUCCUUCAUCUGCCAUUGGACCUGCACGCUCAGAAGUUUCAGCAAGUCAGCAAUGUGCAAUUUCAGCUGCUCAGUGGACUGAAUACAGCAAAAUGGAACCUAAUAGGGUAACCGUAUGCACAAAAACAGAAAACUUUGAACACCAUGAAGAUUGUGAAACAUGGCGUUUAAGGGGGAAUCAAGCAUAUGCAGAAGGGCAGUUAACUAAGGCUGAGGAAUGCUAUACCCACGGGAUUGAUUCUUUUUCUCCAAAUGAAGCUUCUAAAAAGGCAUUAAUGCUGUGCUACAGCAAUCGUGCAGCUACUCGGAUGUCUCUGGGUAAGAUGAGAGAGGCCCUAUCUGAUUGUCGAGAAGCUAUUGGUAUUGAUUCCAGCUUUCUCAAGGCACAAGUCAGAGCUGCCAACUGCUUACUUGCCCUGGGGGAUGUGGAAGAAGCACAAAAGGCUUUUGAGAUGUGUUUGAAGUCUAAUCAUCUGUCAAGCUUGGAUCAUAAAAUUGUAGAAGAGGCUUCUGACGGUCUACAAAAAGCUCAGAAAAUAUCUGGUUUUAUUCAUCAGUCCAAGGAGUAUCUUAUAAAAAAGGCAUUUGACAAGAUACCCAGCGCCUUGCAAAUGAUCUCUGAUGCUUUGUUCAUAAGUAUUUAUUCAGAUAACUUGAUGGCAAUGAAAGCAGAAGCACUGUUACUGCUGCAGCGAUAUGAAGAAGUAAUCCAAUUUUGUGAAGAGACUCUUUAUGUAGCAGAAAGGAAUAGCUUGUGUUUUUGUCCGGACAAUCAUUCAGAAAGCAAUAACUUGGACAACAAUACUUGCUCUGUGAAGUUGUGGCGUUAUCAUCUUAUUGCUAAGUCGUAUUUCUUCCUUGGAAAGCUUGAAGAAGCUCACCAGUUCUUAAAAAAGUUUGACCAAGUAAAAGUCAUGGAAUGCAGGUGUGGAAAGCAAUCUCAGGAAUCAAUUUCAUCAUUCUCUAUGGCAAUAUCUGAGCUACUGCGGCUUAAAGCUGCUGGUAAUGAAGCAUUUCAAUCUGGUAAAUAUUUGGAGGCUGUAGAACAUUAUACCACUGCUUUGCUAAGCAAUAGUGAAUCACUACGCUUUUUAGCAGUCUGCUUUUGUAACCGUGCAGCGGCAUAUCAAGCAAUGGGUCAAAUUUUAGAUGCAAUUGCAGAUUGCUCACUAGCCAUAGCCCUUGAUGCAGAUUAUGCUAAGGCUAUUUCCAGAAGAUCUAGUUUGUAUGAACUCAUAAGGGACUAUGACCAAGCAGAAAAUGAUCUCCGUAGGUUAAUUACUCUUCUUGAGAAACAACUGCAAGAAAAUAUGUCCAUGCCAUCAGAGAAGACAGAGAGUAUUCGUAGCAAUCUGAAUCGAGCCAAUCUUCGGUUUUCUUCUCUGAAGCGGGAUGCAAGAAAAGGGACCUCAUUAAAUGUGUACUUGAUAUUAGGAAUCGAACCUUCUUCCUCUGCCGUGGAUAUAAAAAAGGCAUACCGCAAAGCAGCUCUAAGGCAUCAUCCAGACAAAGCUGGUAAAUUUCUUGUCAAAAGUGAAAAUAUCAGCGAUGCAGUAUGGGGAGAAAUCACAAACGAAAUCCGCAAAGAUGCUGAUUAUUUAUUCAAAAUAAUUGGAAAGGCAUAUUCUAUGCUUUCAGACCUUACAAUGAGAAGGGAGUGACGCAGCCUGGAAGUGGAGUGAUAGUGCAAGCAACGCAUAUAUGACUGGAGCGACCAAAGCAAUGGAAAAAAAAAACGAUGUAGGACCUCUUAGUGAGAGCAUUGGAUCAUCAGAUGGCACAGAAAAGAGCAUAUGAGUGUCAUUACCCACAUGAAGUUCUUGGUUUUCAGGCCUCAUCAGUGAUUUUAGCUUUGGUGUUCUCUGAUACUUGGUUUGCGGAGCAGAAUACAUGGGUACCAAUACCCGUGCAAAAGGCAAGCUUUUGAUUGUAAAGGUGAUGUUCAUAUAUCUGAUGUUGUAUAUAGUGUCUUGGAGCAGUUCAAAAUGGGAUAGACAAGGCUGGAAUACUGCAAAUAGAGGCAUAUUGUUCUUUUACCCCACCUCCUUUUGCGGAGUGGGGCAGAAGCAUGCUAGUCUUUUGAAAAUACAGCACCUUUUGCGGAGGGUGGCAGCAGCAAAUGGUUUUUCCAUACGUUGCUCAUAGUUAAUAGUUUUGUGUAGGAAGAGGCAGGAUUUGUGCUUCCCUUCUAUUUUGGUCUCCCAUACAACUUUUUUUUGUAUGUUUUGUGUAAUUCUUUCUUUUUUGGUCAUGUCUGUUGUUCUGUACCAAAGACAUGGGGUGAUCGAUUCUUUUGUUGUAACAAAUAAGGUGGCGUGAGUGAAUGGAGUGAUUGGCCGCUGUUGACUUGGUGUUUUGCUAUGCUAUUGUGCUGUGCCUGGAGCUCAAGUUGUUCA